AUGGCUACGCUCGCGCUCGCCGCAAACAUCGCAAUGAUCGGAGGGCAUUUCUCCGAGAUGGUGCAGGUGUUCGUAUAUCCUCUCAUCACGCAGAUUCGCAAUCGCAUAAGAUGUAGCAACACGGCCACGGUCGACCGGUUGACUCUAGUUGGGGAAGAGCUGGAGAGCUGUCAACAAAAUCUGAGGGGUAUGUUGGAUUUUUUGGAGGGAAUGGCUCAGGAUGGAAUGCAGAGUGAGAGGGAUUGUGAAUAUAUGGAGAAGCUGGUGCGUGAACAUGGGGUGUUAGAUCAAGAGACAUCAGACCUCAGUGGAACGUUUCGGAAGAACGGCUCGCAUCGAGAGGGCGACACGUGUUUUGAGACCGUCGGGAUUCUGGCACAUAAGGUAAAGCUGUUCCAAUUGAAGGUACAGAUGUUUUCCAGCGAGAAGAGACGUGGAAGAAUAGUCAAUCUGAUGCAAGUACCAAGUCGGUUUUCUACAAUUCAAGACCCGGAAAAGGGCUCGUUCUCGACAGCAGCCCCUCUUCCUCCACACAUGACGUUUUCGUUAUCAGGUUCGUCACUAAACGUAUCGUCCGAUACUGUGGAUGUUCUAGCACAACCGCAGGCCAAGUCCUGUCCAGACGAUGCCGCCCCGCUGUGUGCAUGUCCGGAAACGUCUUACGGAUCACCUUCAAUAAACCGAAAGCUUGAAGGGGAUGAGAGUCUUGAACCAGAACUGCACAAUCCGGAAACGAUCAAACUGUCAGGGUUUACAAGCAUCAAGGAAUACAUUCGGUUGCAAGUAGGAGAUACGAAGCCAGAAGUGUGA